AUGUUACUUGGAAGACCCACCAAUAACCUUCGAGCCGGUAUCGUAGGUCUUGCUAACAUCGGGAAAUCUACUUUCUUUCAAGCUAUUACAGAUUCAAAAUUAGGGAAUCCCGCAAAUUACCCUUUUGCUACAAUCAAACCAUCACAAGCUUUAUUGAAAAUUCCUAAUCCUCAUCUAGAGAAAUUAAAAGAUUUAUACCAAGCAAAAGAAAUUCAGAAUGAAACAUUAACUGUUUGGGAUAUUGCAGGGUUGACAAGAGAUGCCUCUCGAGGGAAGGGGUUAGGGAAUAAGUUUUUAAAUGAUAUUGGGUCCGUAGAUGGUAUCUUUCACCUUGUGAGAGCAUUUAAGGAUGAUAAUGUAACACAUUUAGAAGGUGGUGUAAACCCUAUUAGAGAUAUGGAAAUUGUUCAGGAUGAAUUAAUUUUAAAGGAUAUGGAUAAAUUAGAAAGUUCUUUAGAUCAUUUAGAGAGACUAGGUAAAAAUUCAAAAAAUGUUAAAGAUAAAAUAAAUGAACAACACGAAAGAGAUUUAUUAACAGAUUUACAAAAUCAUCUUUAUGAUGGGAAGAAAAUUAUAAAUUUCAAAAAAGAUUGGACUCAAGAAGAUGUAGAUAUUCUUAAUAAAUAUAAUUUUUUAACUGCAAAACCAUCAUUAGUUCUAUUAAAUUUGAGCGCCCACGAUUACAUCACUCAGAAUAUCUCAAAUUUGAGAGAAAUCAAAGAAUGGAGAGAUCAAUUUGCACCAUUGGAUAAAAUUGUUACAUUCAGUGCGGAUUUUGAAACACAAUUUAACAAAUAUAAAGGUAAUUUCGAGAAUAUCAAAACCUAUUAUCAAGACUCUUUAGAUCUAACAAAGGAUGAAACGUUACAUUUAAAUAGUUCUUUACCUGAUAUUAUUACAAAGAUGAAAAGUGCUCUAGGGUUAAUUGGAUUUUAUACAUGUGGACCAGAAAUGGUAAAACAAUGGAAUGUACGUGUUGGAUCAACGGCACAGGAAGCAGCAGGAGUUAUCCAUACAGAUUUACAACAAACUUUUAUUAGCGCUAAUAUUAUUAAAUAUGACGAGAUUAAGGAUUAUGAACCUCCAUUAAAUCUUUCUCAAUUGAAGGCCAAGGCUAUUAUAAAACGUGUUGGUAAAGAUUACAUCAUGCAAGAUGAAGAUAUUCCAUUUUUUGUAGCUGCAGGAGGUAAAACAAAAUAA